AUAAUAUUAUUGAAAAGCGUAGGAAAGAGAUUGAAGAUGGGUCGUCUGUGAAUUUUAAUUUAUUAGAUCUAUUAUUGGUUUCAAACUCAUCACGCGAUAUUCAAGAUUUUGAGGACGAUGAACAGCCUAUGAAUGAUAUUGAAAUUAAAUCUAUUAUCGCUGAAGUUCUUGCCGUUUCUAUCGAAUCGACUGUUAUUACUGUUUGUUAUCUCGUUUAUAAUGUGGCAAAAAAUCCAAAAGUUCUGGAGAAAAUUCGUGCAGAACUUCUCGAUGUCUUUGGUCCGGAUGAAAACACUACAAUUACUUAUAAAAAUCUUGAAAGAUGUCAUUAUAUUGAUGCAGUAGUUAAUGAAAUUUUACGUUAUUCGAUUCCAAUACCGUCGAAUCUACGUGUUCUUGAAGGCGAUGAAAUCAUAGGUGAUCAUUAUUGGCCAUCUGGAACUUGGUUCUGGAUCGAUACUGAACGACGUAGGAAAGAGAUUGAAGAUGGGUCGUCU